CUUAUUUAAAACUCUAAAAAAAAUGGUCCGUUUUCUUCUUGCUUAGCUAAUGCUAACUGUGAAACAAUUGGGCUUAUUUUUUUUCCUACCCACAUUUUAAAACUUGUGCUUCCGCAUUGUGCUACGAUUGGCUAGGAGGUCAGGUUCGCGCGCGUGUUAGGUAAAACUGACCAAUCAGGGCACUGAUGUUUUUUGCGUAAUCACAGCGGAGGCGGGGUUUUGUCGGAAUGCGGAUGGAGUGCUUAAAUGAAAGAAUAAAAUCAACAGGUUUAGGGAUGGUGCAGAACUACAAGCAGGCAUCGGGAGUGUGUUCUACUUCCAACACUGAUGAGUUCCUCACCCCAGCGCAUGAGGAGAACGUCCGCUUCAUUCACUUGACCUGGCAGUGUGUGAUGAGGGAGAUGCAGUACUUCCAGGGAACUCAAAACAGCAACAAGGGACCUCAGAAGUACGUGGAGAGAACUCCGAACCCCAGCCUGAGCUCUUUCACCCCGGUGGACCUAAACAACGUGCGACGGAGAAACGUGCAGGACUCCAAAAAGUCGUAAAGGCCGCACCGUCACUGCUCCUGCACGUCUCUGUAAAGCUGUUUCUGUUUUAUUUUUAUUUAAGUGGUCUUUAAUUAUGAGGCGUCCUGUCCUGUCCGUGCGCAUGAGGGGUCGUGGCCUGUAUUUACUCCGCCCCCUAACGUUCGUUAUGUCCUAAGGUGAGAUUUAGAGGCACUGCGUUCCUCCUGCGCUUUCUUUCCCGUACAGUAAGCGUUCCUCCUGCUCGGUUCUUACUUCCACCUGUAGUCAGAGCCAGUGUACUGGGGAACGGUUUUAACCUCUACACGGUUGUUAGAUCAACAAAUUAAAUGUGGGUGUGUCCUUUUUAAAAAAAUUAUUAAUCACUUGAUCAUUCUGUUUGUGGCAUUAAGGUCACGUUUUACUGUCCAGUCCUUCAGCACUGAAUUAUCAUUAUUGUUAUUAUUAUCAUGAUGGAAAUUUACUUUAUCAUAGAGUCACAUCAGGUUUAAUGACGUCAGUUUUUCCAAAAUAAAAGCCUGUAUCAUAUCAUAUCUACAUAAUACAGACAAGAGUAUUUGUACAAACCUGCAGUGACAUUAUGUCCUAACACACACACUUCAAUAUAGAGUCAGUCUCCCUUUUGCAACUAUAACAGCUUUCACUCUUCUUGGAAGGCCGUCCACACCAUGUUGGAGUGUUUCUGUGUGAAUUCGUGUCCAUUCAUUCUGUAGAGCGUUUAUGAGGUCAGACACUGAUGUUGGACAAAGAGAGGCCUUGGCUCACAAUCUCCGCUCCAGUUCAUCCCAAAGGUGCUCGAUGGGGUUGAGGUCAGGGCUCUGUGUUCGGGCCGCUCGAGUUCUUCUACACCGAACUCACUACAAAAUUCUUUAUAGUCCUCACUUUGUGCACUGGGGUGGAGUCAUGCUGGGGAAAAAACACAAGGUUAUAUGGAAGUGUAGCAUUGUCCAAGUUGUCUUAGUUUGCUGAAGUAUAAAGAUCGCACUAUACUGAGGAUACGAGGCCUGAACUCGAAACACCUGAAUUCAAUCAUUAACAGGUUUGGACGAACACUUUUGUCUGUGUAGCGUAUAUUAAAAAAGAUAGGAGUUUUUUUUUUCUUUUCAAAAACCCAUAUAAAAAAAACAGACUGUAAGAAUAUUUGACACUUUUUAUUUAAAACUCAUUUCCCCUUGUAUUUCUCGGUGGGGCUUUACAAUGCAAUGUUUGUGAUUUUAAUUAUAUAAUAUUAAAAGUCUUUGAACCAA